CCCCUUGCGUCCAGCCUUCUUCCUCCCAUUGCACCAUCCCUUGGUUUGUUGCGCCUGGUAACACUCCCUCCAACAACAAGAGAUAGCCAUGGCAACCACUCUGGCCGGCGUGAGCCUCUCCACCACAAAGGUUGCCUCCAAGAAGGCAGAGCUUUCCCAAGCUACAACAACCACUCCAUGGGAGAAUCCUCCCAUGGGCUGCUGGCCACCGGACACCGAUAGGCCGCCGCAUGGUGCUUGUGGCGAGCUCACCGUCGACCCCUCCGGGCAUAUCGGAGAAGGUGUCGGAUAGCAUAAAGAAGGCAGAGGAGGCAUGCGAAGGCAACGAGGUGAGCGGCGAGUGCGCAGCAGCAUGGGACGAGGUGGAGGAGCUCAGCGCAGCGGCGAGCCAUGCGCGCGACAAGCUCAAGGACUCCGAUCCCCUCGAGGACUACUGCAAGGACAACCCCGAGACCGAAGAGUGCCGCACCUACGAGGACUGAAGACCACACAAGGAAGAAGAAAUAAUCAUCCCUUAAUUAGUAGUAAAGAAGAAGAAAGUUUGGCGUUUGUGCCUUGCUUGAUGGUAGGGUGCAUGUAAUCUUUAGGGUUGAACUGUUUCCCACAUAUGCAAGUUUUUAUGUUUUACGUGCUCUGUUAUUAAAGCACAGCAUAGCAUCAUUGCAUGGUCAAUGAUUGAUUGAUGAUGGUGAUCAUGGUAAAUCGAUCUCUACUUGGUGAAGCGUGCUAUAUAAUGAUUACUACGUUGUAUCUUAUUGCCCACUGUUGACAGAUACUUUUGUGUCUUA